UAUAUACAUAACAUAAUCAUGAAUACAAGAGGGGAAAGAGAGACAGAGAAAACAACUACGAUGACAACUGAGAAAGAAAUUGCGGAAAAUAAUGAGAAACAUGUGACAGAUGAUGAUCCUAAGAUUAACUACAGAGGUUGGAAGGCCAUGCCCUUCAUCAUAGGAAAUGAAACUUUUGAGAAACUUGGAGCCAUUGGCACCUUAGCAAACCUGUUGGUGUAUCUCACAACAGUAUUCAACCUGAAGAACAUCACAGCUACAAAUAUUGUUAACGUCUUCAGCGGCAGCACCAACUUUGCUACCUUGCUAGGUGCUUUCUUCUCGGAUACAUAUUUUGGUCGCUACAACACAUUAGGAUUCUGCACAGUCACUUCCUUUCUGGGAUUGCUCGUGAUUCAACUCACAGCAGCAUUUAAGAAUCUGCAUCCACCUCACUGUGGAAAGGAGAGCAAUACAUGUAAAGGGCCAACACUGGGUCAAAUGGCUUUUCUAGUGGCUGGUUUUGGUUUGUUGUUGGUAGGUGCUGCAGGGGUUAGACCAUGUAACUUGGCAUUUGGAGCUGAUCAGUUUAAUCCCAAUACAGAUUCAGGAAAAAAAGGAAUCAAUAGCUUCUUCAAUUGGUACUUCUUUACCUUCACUUUUGCCCAGAUGGUUUCCUUAACAUUUAUUGUCUAUGUCCAAUCAAAUGUGAGCUGGGCAGUGGGUUUGGGAAUUCCUGCUGCUUUGAUGCUCAUAUCAUGUGUGAUGUUUUUUAUGGGAACCAAAAUUUAUGUCAAAGUUAAACCAAGUGGUAGUCCCAUGACUAGUAUUGUGCAAGUUAUAGUGGUUGCUACCAAGAAAAGGAGGCUGAAACUACCUGCACAACAUUCAAUGAUUUCCCUCUUUAACUAUGUGCCACCCAAGUGUGUUAACUCCAGGCUUCCUCAUACAUAUCAAUUCAGGAUAUUGGACAAAGCAGCAAUUAUGACCCCACAAGAUAAAAUAAAUCCUGAUGGAUCUGCAGCUGAUCCUUGGAAUCUUUGCAGCAUGCAGCAAGUGGAAGAAGUGAAAUGUUUGCUGAGAGUGUUACCUGUAUGGUUUUCAGCCAUUUUUUACAAUUUAUCUAUUGUCCAACAGCACACUAUCCUUGUCUUUCAAGCCCUUCAAUCAGAUAGACGUGUUGGACACAGCAAUUUCAAGAUCCCUGGUGCAUCCUACUUUGUGUUCUUGAUGUUGACCAUGACAUUGUGGUUACCCAUCUAUGAUAGAAUAGCGGUCCCUUUUCUCCGAAGGCUCACUGGAAUAGAUAAUGGUAUCACAAUCCUUCAGAGGAUGGGAACUGGCAUAUUUCUAUCUACACUAAGCAUGCUAGUAUCUGGUGUGGUUGAAGAGCAUAGAAGAAAUCUUGCUCUAACCAAACCUAUUGGAGUACAACCAAGAAAAGGUGCCAUUUCAUCAAUGUCAGCACUAUGGCUAAUACCGCAGCUAGCACUAGCUGGACUAGCUGAAACAUUUAGUGCUGUUGGACAAGUUGAAUUAUACUAUAAACAAUUCCCUGAGAACAUGAGAAGCAUUGCAGGGUCACUUUUCUUUUGUGGCAUGGCCGGAUCAAGUUAUUUGAGUACUUUUCUUAUUUCACUUGUUCACCAAAUCACAGCCAAAUCUGCAACAGGGAAUUGGUUACCAGAGGAUCUUAACAAGGGUAGAUUGGAUUUGUUUUACUACAUGAUUGCUGCUCUUGAAGUCAUGAAUUUGGGGUACUUUCUAUUAUGUUCAAGAUGGUACAGGUAUAAAGAAACUGAUAGCAGUAGUAACCUUGAACUCAAUGAACUACCCAAACAAUCUGAAAUAGGCAAUGCAUGAAGGGAAAGAAUCCGUUUACAAAUUUUUUUUAUAAAUUUUUGUAAAUUAUACUAAGUCUGACCAGUCAUAUAUUCUUGAUUAAAAUAUAACUGGUCAGAUAUAAUGUAAUUUAUAAAAAUUUGUAAAUAAAAA